AUGGAAAUGAGAGGCCAAGAUAAGGAAAUAGAGAUACCAACAACUUUAGGUUACAACCUUCCCAACCGAGAUUCUUCUUCUUCCUCUUCCAAGCUCUCUUCUCCAACUGUUGGUGAAAGAAGUAGCACUGAUCAUGAUCAUGAUCAACUUCAUCAACCACCUCACCAAACUCACACAUUAAUCUUCAACGACCCAUCUCACCAUAAUCUCUAUCCGCCACCACCACCUCCUCCUCUUGCACCUCGUCAACCUCAUAGACUCACAUCAGAUCCAGAUCUAGGCACCCCAAUUGCUCCCACACCGAAUCCCCUAAGAACUGCACACCCUCAAAGAACAACAAUAGCAGCGGCAACAGCAAACUCAACCUCGACCCCGUCGAUCAGGUACCGAGAAUGUCUUCGGAACCACGCGGCAAGCAUGGGGAGCCACGUGGUGGAUGGCUGUGGAGAGUUCAUGGCAAGUGGAGAAGAAGGUACGCCGGAAUCACUAAGAUGCGCCGCGUGUGAGUGCCACCGCAACUUCCACAGGAAAGAGAUUGAUGGAGAGUUACAGCCACAACUACCACUACCACUACCACAACCACACCAUGCUCCCAAUUAUCCCGGCUACUACCCCAACAAGCACAAUGGACACCUUCACUACCCUACACCCUCUUCUUCCUCCCUCCAUCAUAGAUUGGUUGGCACUAGUGGUACACCAAGUUUGGUCCCCCCAGUGAUGAUGGCCUUUGGAGGCCCAGCUGAGUCCUCAAGUGAAGAUCUCAACAUGUUCCAGUCCAACAUUGGAGGAGCACAGUUAUCAGUGCAGGCACCACUCUCUUCCAAGAAGAGGUUUAGGACUAAGUUCUCUCAAAACCAGAAGGAUAGGAUGAUGGAGUUUGCUGACAAGAUCGGUUGGAAGAUCCAGAAACAUAAUGAGCAGGAGGUACAACAGUUUUGUUCUCAAGUGGGUGUCAAGAGACAGGUUUUCAAGGUUUGGAUGCAUAAUAACAAGCAAACAAGUAGUAAGAAGCAGCCAAUGUAA